AUGAAAAACUUUUCGCUCAUUGCUUCGCUACUUUUGCUACAAACCUUUGAUUGUAUUGAGAUUCGGCUGACGCGGUAUGAAUACUCGCAACAUGAACACAACGCAUACGUUGGAGCGGUGUCGGUUGGAAAGCCGGGUCAAGAUUUCAACGUCGAAUUUGACCUGCAAUCCUCCGUUUUGUGGGUGCCGGACUGCGAUUUGGCCACGGAUCAUGGUGAGAUAUAAAGCAUGAACAUCUUUAGAACGAAGCUUGUCUAUAACGAGAAAUUUGAAAGUCUCAAGAGGCGAGUUCCGAUAUAAGAGAGCAUCCGAACAAUGGACCCCUCUGAAACGACUAAAUAUUAUGAUCCAAUGCUGCACUUUUUGCAGAGGUCAUUUGAUCCAAUGCUAUGCUUUUUACAGAAGUCUUACGAUAUCUUUUUUUCAGCGAAAAAGAAGUAUUGCAUCAACAAGAACACAUUUGACACAAAGGCUUCAGAGACUUAUUCGAACGGUAAGAAAAAUGGGAGGUGCCGCGGGGAAAAGCGAAGCCUGUAUAAUACACGAGCAAUUUGCAAAGCCCAAAAGUCAACUUCAGCCUGGAAAAAACCCUUGUUGUACUAGUCGCGCCAUAAAGUCCUGACACAUUUUUGUCGCGGGACUUGUUGCGCGAAUGCAAUUCUUACAGGGGAAGUACCCCAAGUGCGGCGCUUAGAUUUUGAUGAAACUUGGCACAAUUUUAGAAUACUUUUUUCUGACAUAUAUGCGAGAAUUCUAACUCGCAGUUCGCAGAAACGACUGAGAUUUUUAGAUCGCAAGUCGGCGAAAAUUUAAGACUUUUUGCCAAAUUUCGGCACAAAAAAUUUCAUACAAAUUUGUACCAUCAAUCAUACCUAUUUCGUACCGUCGUGCUUCCACAAAAAAUCGAUUUUAAAAAUGCUUUUCUCUCUGACCGCUCUCCGCGUUUUGCGAACUCGCUCGAUAACAAAGAUCAUCCAAUAUCUCGCGCCGGAAAAGCGCGAGCUAAAACUUUCAGGAAUUGAUACUUGGUUCAUGCCCGACGUGUGUGCAAAAUUUAAAGAAUAUCUGAGCGUCGCACUUGGGGUAUUUCCCUAGUUUGCUCAAAAUGAACUUCUCUGUAACGAAGCUCCUUUAUAACGAAUAAUUUUUUCAAUAGUUUGCAGUUGAGAAAAGAAGGAGCACUAUGUCGCAUCGAAGCUCGAACCGCUGGCGAGAAUGGAUUUUGUCGCGGCAAAAUCAAACUGCUUCUCAGUUCGGCGACGCAUCGCCAUUAUACUCAUUAUUUUCCCGACAGACUGAUAUAUUUCCUUUCAUUUCAGGUACCGCUCCAAUUUCUUUCCCCUUCAUGAAAGGCGAUGUAGCCGCUUAUACAGCCCACGACACCUUUCGACCUGGUCCUCAUUACAAGCCAGGCACGUCGGCCAAAAACUUCAUCUUCGCUACAGCUUACCAGUUUCCGGCUUCUUAUCCGUCCCUCAAACAUGACGGAGUGUUCGGGCUGUCGCCGACGCCCGUCGACGGAAUGGACGUCCCAAUCCGCCAGCUGUUGGAUCGGAAUGCCAUCACCGAGCCAAUAAUUACAAUCUUCUUGAUGACGCCCAACAAAAACAACAUGUUUGACGGCUUGAUUACGUUGGGAGGCCUCGAUCGGAGCCAUUGCGAGAGGCCGACGGCGUAUGUGAGGGUGGAGAUAGAGGAGGGCUGGGUGUUCUCAGCACCCAAGUUUACCAUAGACGGUAUUCCGAAGCAGGACGUGGGGUAUACUGUAAGUUUGUUUUUAUGCAAGAAUUUGAUUUAUUCAGAAAAUCCCUGAAUGGUUUAGCCCUUUCGAGGCGAAUACUAGGCCUUGGGGAAGUCGCCGGGCCAGUUUUAAAGGCUUAUUAACAGGAAGCAUUUUUUGAAAACAAACUUUCAUAAUUUCGAAAGCGGUGCACGAAUUCAAUAGCCUCAUGUACUCAUUUUUACCAGGGAGUCACCGAUGCAAAAUUUCUAUCAUGCGAUGCAGAUUACGGUAGAAAAAUCGUAAUUCUAAACGGUAAAUGUCGGCUGCCCGCAAAGUGGUCGCCCGCAAAGUCGCCACGUCGUACAUAAGAGUCCAGCCCAGCACCAGUAUUUUUAUCAUCCAAUUUUCAGGUCACAAUCGACCAGUCGACCGACUUUUUCUACGUUCCUGAUAAAGUUCUCAACUUAAUCGUUACACAAACCGGAGAUCAUGGAAUAGACGCCGAAACUGGCCGUUAUAUUGUGGACAAAAGGUCACUCCCAAUCACGUUUUCGUCGACCCAUUUUGAAGUCAGUAUCGACAGCAGCCAGCUGUAUGAUCCAUAUCCCAAGAACGCGAAUUAUCGACUGCUCCGAGUCGGAGUCACUGGACCAGCGGCGAAGACGAGCUUCGUUCUUGGAACUCCGUUCUUCUCGAAACACUGUGUUGUCCUGAAUUAUGAGGGACGGAUGGCAUUUCCCAAGAAGAUUGGGGUGCAAUAA